GUCUAUGGACUAUGACUAUCGACAAAUUAAUUCUGAAUUCGUAAAUUUGAAAUCAUUUAUUCUGCCUAUGACUAGUGAGAGUUGUGUUAAUAACAUUAGAUGAACUUUGGAUUAUGUUUUUUUUUUAUUUAUAGUUGAGUUAACCAAACAAAGUGUAUUAAUUAUUUAAAAAAACGUGUUAAAAACCGCAGUUUUUUAAAACUUCAAUUAUUUAAAUUUUAAUAAAUAGUAAUCCUCAAAAAUUUAUAAUGGCUCUUCUUAUACAAACUUCAUUGUGUAAAAAACUAUUAUGUCUUUCAAAAGCCCUCCCUGUAAUGUCAAUGAAAUUAUCAACAGAAGGUACUCGUGAAUACAUUAUUUCAGAAAAAGUUGGCGAGAAAAAAAAUGUCGGACUAGUACGUCUCAAUCGUCCAAAAGCUCUAAACGCUCUAUGCGAUGGCCUUAUUACCGAACUCACUGAAGCUGUAUCCGAGUACGAUGCUGAUAAAACUGUUGGUGCUAUCGUUGUUACUGGUAGUGAACGUGCCUUUGCCGCUGGUGCAGACAUCAAAGAAAUGCUUCAUCAGACUUAUUCAGAAAAUUUGAAAGUGGGUUUACUCGAACAAUGGAACAAUUUGAGCAAAUGCAAAAAACCAGUUAUUGCUGCGGUUAAUGGUUUUGCGUUGGGUGGUGGCUGUGAACUAGCUAUGAUGUGCGAUAUAAUCUAUGCUGGAGAGAAAGCUAGGUUUGGACAACCUGAAAUUUCUAUCGGAACUAUUCCAGGUGCAGGAGGUACUCAACGACUAACACGUUCUUGUGGAAAGAGUUUUGCAAUGGAGAUCUGUUUGUCUGGUAAUCAGAUAACUGCUCAAGAAGCAUUAACCAGAGGAUUAGUGAGCAAAGUAUUUCCUCCAGAAAAAUUGGUCGAUGAGGCUAUUAGGUUGGCUGAAAAAAUCAGCGAGCAUUCACCUCUAAUUGUUGCUUUAUGUAAAGAAUCAGUAAACUAUGCCUACGAGACUAGUUUGACCCAAGGACUCCAAUUUGAAAAGAAACUGUUCUAUAGUACCUUUGCUACAGAUGAUCGUAAAGAAGGAAUGGCGGCAUUCACGGAAAAAAGAAAAGCAAAUUUCACAAAUAACUAAUUAAAUGUAUAAAACUGCGGUGAUAAGAUAAAAAUUUAAUGAUUUCAUUAAAAAAAUAUUAUAUUAUAUAUGUAGCAAUAAUAAUUAUUAUUCUUAUAUUUUAUGGUAAAUAAAUCUAUAUAUUUUGUUAAACAGAAUAA